AUGCAUUUUUCAACCUCAUUUGUGGCUGUGGUCGCAGCUUUGUUGUCCGCUAGCACCGUAGAUGCCCACAUGGUCAUCACCUCACCAACUCCAUUCAAUCCCGAACAGCUGACCAACAGUCCCCUCGAUCCUAGCGGAGCCGAUUUCCCCUGCAAAUUUAGCGAUACGUACACUGCUGGUAACGGCGCAGUUCCCGCUGAAAAUAUUUUCCCGGCUGGUUCCCAGCAGACCCUGUCAUUUAAAGGCAGCGCUGUUCACGGUGGUGGAUCCUGCCAGCUCUCCAUCACCGACGACAAACUUCCUAAUAAGAGCUCUGUCUGGAAAGUCAUCCACUCCAUCGAGGGGGGCUGUCCUUCCUCAGUAGAUGGUAAUCUGCCGGAGGACGCCAACGGAACUGGUGCCUCCGUAUUCAAAUUCCAGAUCCCCGAUACCAUCAAGCCGGGUGACUACACCUUCGCCUGGACCUGGUAUAACCGAAUCGGCAACCGCGAGCUCUACAUGAACUGUGCUGCGAUCACCGUCACUGCAGCUGUCAAGCGUCGCUACGCUCCCCUCCCAACCGCCCAGACCGCCAACCACGUCUCCCUCUCCAAACGCCAAGAUCUACCAAUGAUGUUCGUGGCUAACAUCAACGGCUGCACCACCAGCGAGGGCAAGGACAUUCGCUUCCCAAACCCAGGAGAAUCUGUUCAGUAUGCGGGCAAGCCCUCAAACCUCAUGGGAACCAACCAACCCAUCUGCAGCUGGAAGGAUGGCAAACCUGGUCCUAUUCCUGGUAAUGGGAGUGGCGGUUCCAAACCCCCACCUUCAUCUACGGUUUCUGUUGAGCCUCAAUAUCCAACUCCAGAAUCGAUUCCUGUUUCACCGCCCACUUCUCCUAGUGUCGUUCUGCCCUCAAGCUACGCAUCGGCCCCAAUAGCAUCCCGGCCAUUUAACGCCCCAGAAGUCUCCCCGGGCUUUUUCGCAACACAGAAACUCUCGGCACCAGGGCCCUCUGCCACUCCAGCUUCACCCCUAUCCGCACCCAAUCCUGGCGCUGGCGCUGGCACUGCCAUAGACAAGAAUUCUAGCAACAGUGGCAGCGGCAGCGGCGGUUCCAUGAAUGGCCCAUGCUCAAACGAGGGUGAAUGGAACUGCUUUGGUAACGGUCUGAAAUUACAACGUUGUGCGAGCGGUAUGUGGUCUGCCGUGACCGCGGUUGCGCAAGGAACUAAGUGCACAUCCAACUCUGGAGACAUUGACAUCUCAGUGGUGAAGCGCGGUGUUGUCGCUCCAGCUAAGAUGCAUCGACGAAGGGGCCAUGGUUCGCAUCUGUCGUGA